GGCCCGCGGCGGGCCGUGACGCGUCGCGCGCUGUGGGUGGCCGGCAGGUUCUCUCUGGGUCCCGUAGCGGCUCUCCCGGGGCCGCGAUGGCGGCGGGAGAUGUCGAGUCCUCGCUGGAGCUGAGCCUGACGGGCUCCGGGGCGCUCCCCGGUGCGCUGCCCCCUGCCCGCUCGCGUAUCUUCAAGAUCAUCGUCAUCGGGGACUCCAACGUGGGCAAGACAUGCCUCACCUACCGCUUCUGCGCCGGCCGCUUUCCGCAGCGCACCGAGGCCACCAUCGGCGUGGAUUUUCGCGAGCGGGCCGUCACCAUCGACGGCGAGCGCAUCAAGAUACAGCUAUGGGAUACUGCAGGCCAGGAGCGCUUCAGGAAGAGCAUGGUGCAGCACUACUACAGGAAUGUACAUGCUGUGGUGUUUGUGUAUGAUAUGACAAACAUUGCCAGUUUCCACAGCCUGCCAUCCUGGAUAGAGGAAUGCAAACAGCACCUUCUUGCCAAUGAUACCCCACGGAUUCUGGUUGGAAAUAAAUGUGACCUGAGAAGUGCUAUUCAGGUGCCCACGGACCUGGCCCAGAAGUUUGCUGACACUCACAGCAUGCCAUUGUUUGAAACCUCUGCCAAGAACCCCAAUGACAAUGACCAUGUGGAGGCCAUAUUCAUGACGCUGGCUCACAAGCUUAAAAGUCACAAGCCUUUAAUGCUUAGUCAACCCCCAGAUGAUGAUGAAAUACGUAUAAAGCCUGAACCAAAACCUACCACAUCCUGCUGGUGUUAGGUCAUACUGUCACUGGCUAUCACCUUGUCUUGUUUGCAAGUGCUUCAAAAUUAUGAUCUUGGCAAAGUUCCAGGUUUUGGUAGCAAGUAUAGCAAAUCUCUUUGGCACUUUAAUGUGUUUUUUAUUUUACCUGUUGUAGGUGUGCCCAUCUCAUGCUCUUGCACUUUGUAAUUGUACUUUCUGAAUUACUAAGUUUCACUAUAAAUAUAUGGGAACAUACUUUGUCAAGUUUGACAAAGUGGUUCUACUUGAGCUCUUGCUGCCUGAGGUUAUUCUCAUCACUUGUGGUAAGAUUAUAAACAGUAGGCUGGUUUACUAAUACUUUUGGUUGCUACUUGGCAUUGGAAUAAUGUAGAAGAGCCUUUUGUGACAACCAGGGAACUUGGGUUUUGGGUCAGCAAGUGGGGAGAUUUUUGGCAUAUGAAGGAAUAUUAGGUGACUGCUAGGAAAUUAGUAAGCAGGUACCUUUUUAUUAUAAAAACAAAAAAAACAGGUCUGUCAAAGUUCGGGCUGUCAGUGUCAGUGCAACCUGCUAGAUUUUGGCUGUUGUUCCACUAUGAACUUGGUCUGUUUCUUCAUGGCAAUGGUAACGGAAUUGACAAACUUCUCCCUAUUAUUUGAUACUUAAAACUUCAUUAAUUUUUCAUAAUGGGCAUGUCAUACAAAACUGUUAUGUUAAACCAUGUUAUGGAAAGUACUGUAGCACAGGAUUUGGGGUAAAAAUUGGGACUCCAUCUGUCCAUAAAUUCUCUGAUCUUACUAAAAUUUAAAUGAUAUAUUUCUAAAGGUGCUGUAUUUGAGUUGAGUGUCUCAGAGGUAAGUAAAAACAGUUGAGUAAGUAAAAGAUUGGGUGAAUUUGGCAAUAGCAUACUGGUUUUCAAAGAUUGGGGUUUGCGGGGCUUUAGAGAUCAUGAGUGCUUUUUAAAUAUCUUGAAAAGCCAACUUGUUAACAUAUUUCAGGAAUGGGAAUGUUUAGGAAUAUGGUACAUUCUUAAAAUAUUUCCAAACACAAAUGAAAUUUGGUCUUGAAAUAUGGAGUAAAUCUACCAAGUAUAUAAUCUGUUAGAGAUUUUUGAGCUAAAACCUGCUUGUAUAAUGUGACUGUAUGUAGGGCACCCUUGGCAUUACUAAUGUGAGCUAGUAGGGGUCAGAUGAGGGAAAUUCCUCCUCUUGAACCACCUUUUUCUGUGUUCUCAUAGUUACAACUGCUUUUUCCAGUUCUAUUUGAAGAUUAAGUUUCAUAAUAAAAAUGGUGCUAAGUUUCACAUAGUUGCAUAAAGUGAAAUGUAAGCCAUAGAACGCAAUCUAUGACUUCAUUCACGUGCCAUGUCAAACAGUGUUUCGUGACUUAGUUUUCGAAGUAUAAAUGAAGGUUUUUUAUUGGCCAUUUGUAGCAUGUGUUGCUUACUGGAAACUAAAUUGAAGGGCUAGUUCAAAAGCUGCCACCGUAAUGAUCACAUUAGAAACAAAUUACUGAAACAAGAUAACUAUUAUUAUGUAAACUAUUACAAUUCUUGAGAUGUACUUUCAUUGCAACUUAUAUUGAAGAAAAUGCAUUGAUUUUGUUCUAGAUUUAGAAAGAGUAUUUAAUUUGGUCUAAUAUGAUUAAGAUGUUUAAAAAGAAUCUAAACAAAAGGUAAUACUUUUUCCUGUAUAAAGCUGCUUCAAUUGUGACUAUUUUUGCUUAGGAAAAGUUUGUAAAAGGGAACUUUUGUAUUCACUCUGAACUUUACAUGACUAGAAUUUACAGUUGUUUCAGAAACAAAUCACCUGUUUAACACUAGUGUCCUUAAUGAUUUCUUUAAGAAAAGGAUUGAUCUUAAAUUUAUGUUUAUACUGUUGUAAAUAAAUACGGUUUACAGUCCUGUUGGACAGAUUGUUUUUCACUCAUAUCCUUAAUCCUUUUUCUGAGAAGGUUCCUUCUUAAUUAUUUGUAUACUAAGUAUGUCAGAAAGUUUUGGUGGUUUUUUGUUUGUUUUUGGGUUUUGUUUUUUUUUAAUAAAUAUCCCAGAAUUAAGAAUUUUAAAGUCAGUCAGGUUGGGGGUUGAGGUAAGCAAAUAAUGUAGCUGCAGUGUUACUGUUAAAUUUGAUCUGAAACACCUGCACAUCUGUUAAGUUUUAAUUUGAGUUAUCACAACUUGUAAAUAAGGGCCCUCAUGUCAUGAAAACUGUGUGGAAAUGGUGUUCAAGUGUGUAAUUCCAUGUUCAGUACAAAGCAUGUUUUAAUGGUUCUGCCAUCAAGGCAGUAUGGUCAGUAAUGCAGGAUUCAGUGUUGCUUGCUGGCUUUCAGUGGUGAUCUGCCCACAGAAUGGAUGUCAGAGUACUGAAUACUUUGUAUGUGUAUUUUCGCUUUACCAGAUUGUAAAGUUGGGUUCUUUACUAUGUGUUGGGGGCAGGCAAGGCACAAUCCCAGAAACCUAAUAAACUGGCUUUGCUACAAA